AUGGCUGUGUCUUUAUACAAACUUGCGUAUCUUAUUCUUAUUGGAUUAGUGGGUCUGUCGUCUGUUGUUGGCCAUGAUAUUAAAGGUUCAACGCAAUGCGAAUAUUAUAACGAAACGUCGUGUGCAGAUCCGACGAAAAACUGUCCAGAAAUAGAAAAAUGUUCCCCACCUGAACCAGACAAAAGGAAUCACUGUUAUGUGCUAUGGCAAAUUGACGAAGUUACUAAGAAGUCUAUUGUUAAACUCAAGGGUUGUUUCUUAGACAGUAGAGAAUGUUAUGACAAACAAUGUUGCGUAGAAAAAAAUAGCGACCGUAAGGGAAAGAUGUACUUUUGCUGCUGUGAUGGGGAUAUGUGUAAUCAAAAUUACACGUGGGAUCCUCAGCCGACUGAAGCGCCUAAAGAUCAUGAAUUAACACCAGUACCAAAUCCCGAACAACAUGUGAUAACACUUGUUGUAUCUGUAUUGGUGCCAAUGCUGUUGCUGACACCGUCGCCGAAUCUGGGUUUACGACAAAUCCACCUGGUCGAAAUAAAAGCUCGUGGUCGUUUUGGAGCAGUAUGGAAAGCUCAAUUUAAAAAUGACAUAGUUGCUGUUAAAGUAUUCCCGAUGCAAGAUAAACAGUCGUGGCAAACAGAGCAAGAAAUAUUUAAAUUAGCUCACAUGAAUCAUGAGGAUGUAUUACGAUUUAUCGGCGUUGAAAAACGCGGCGACAAUCUUCAAGCUGAGUUCUGGUUGAUAACAGCUUAUCAUGAAAAAGGAUCACUCUGCGACUAUUUGAAAGCCAAUGUCGUAUCUUGGGCAGAAAUGUGCCGUAUUGCCGAGUCAAUGGCACGUGGAUUGAUGCAUUUGCAUGAAGAAAUUCCUGCUAACAAAGCUGAUGGGUAUAAACCCGCGGUAGCGCACCGCGACUUUAAAUCGAAAAAUGUUCUUCUCAAGUCCGACAUGAGCGCAUGCAUCGCGGACUUUGGACUCGCGUUGAUAUUUCAACCUGGAAAACCUUGUGGCGACACUCAUGGACAAGUUGGUACUCGACGAUACAUGGCGCCAGAAGUAUUAGAGGGUGCGAUAAACUUUACACGAGACUCAUUUUUACGUAUUGACAUGUACGCUUGUGGCCUAGUGCUCUGGGAAUUGGCGUCACGGUGUACAGUACAAGACGGACCCAUCGGAGAGUACAGAUUACCUUUUGAAGAAGAAGUUGGUCUCCAUCCAACUCUGGAAGACAUGCAAGAAAGCGUAGUGCUUAAAAAAGAACGUCCAUUGAUACAGGAAACAUGGCGAAAGCAUCCGGGUCUUUUGUCUAUUUGUGAUACGAUGGAAGAGUGCUGGGAUCACGACGCCGAGGCACGAUUAUCAGCGUCUUGUGUUAUGGAAAGAAUUACUACCUUGAGUAGAAGUCUCGUUAUCAAUUCAUCGACUUUAAUUCGCGUCGACAAUACCAACGAUUCAGUCAUCACCAAGGAAUCUAGUAUGUAG